ACGUGCUCGAUUAUGUCGGAUGUUGCAUCAACUGGUACCGAUCACCACAACAUGAACAGAAAACACUCAUCAUCCUCGUUGAUCUCGCUCAGCAAUAUGUCGGCGGAUGCAUGUCCAUCAUUGUUGACCCCCGAAGAGGAAGAGGAGGAAAAGCAACAUCUGCAGAAGAUAAUAUCGGCAUUGAAAUUCUAUCGAAAAUAUUCACUGGCCAAGGUCAACAAAACCGAAAGUUAUCUGAACUCUCUGCCCAAAAGGCAUCAAAAAAUGCUGGCCAAAUAUAGACACCAUUUAAGUAUUGUAAGGGAUUGUAUUGACAAGAAUCAAGUAGUCAUUAAGAAAAUGUUGGUGGACAAUCCACUGUGUGAUAGCUCAGCGGUGAGCCAGCGUGAUAUGGAUGGACAUGUGGCGAAAAUACGCCAUCAAGAAAUGGAACAUGCCCAAUCGACAUUGAAAGCCAUUGCCCGGGACUGGAGUCCUGAGUGUGUCGAAGAACGUAAUCAAUCCUACAAACCCAUCAUUGAUGCCAUUGAGCAAUACUUCAAUCCCAAGGAGUAUAACGAAAAUGAUGUAAAGAUUUUGGUACCUGGCUGCGGUUUGGGCAGACUAACCUAUGAACUUGCCUGUCGGGGCUAUGAAUGUGAGGGCAAUGAAUUCUCCUACUUCAUGCUGAUUGCUUCGAACUUUGUUUUGAACUUUUGCACCGAUGAGAACAUGUACUCCCUCUAUCCCUGGGUCCACCACACGGUGAAUAAUUUGCGCAGAGCCGAUCAGGUGGCUGCGGUGCGUUUUCCUGAUGUUAGCCCAGCUAAAAAUAAACCAACCGGUAAACUCUCCGUGGUUGCAGGAGAUUUUCUGGAGGUCUACACCACACCUGAUGUCUAUGAUUGUGUGGCCACAUGUUUCUUCAUUGACUGUGCAAACAAUGUAAUCGAUUUCAUCGAAACUAUUUAUCGUAUCUUAGUUCCUGGCGGUAUUUGGGUUAACCUGGGCCCAUUACUCUAUCAUUUCAGUGAUGUCCACAACGAGGACAGCAUUGAACCCACAUUUGAGGACAUAAUGCAUGUCAUCGAUAAUGUCGGUUUUGAAGUAUUAUCCUCUAAGACUGGUGUACGUACAAAAUAUGCCCAAAAUCCAAAUUCAAUGUUGAAGAGUGAAUAUGAAAGUAUAUUUUGGAUUUGUCGCAAACCGCUCAACAGCACUGGUGAUGGUGGCGAUGAUAUGGAGGAAAAUCAAAGCAAUACCGAUGGUAUGGCUUAG